GCAAUUUGAGAGGGGGCGAAAGAAACGAGCGGAAGUUCCUGUCUUGGGGCACGCCCUCACCGGAAGUCCUUUGGAGUGGGCCGGGAGAAUACUUCCGGUGCAGUAUGAGACGCCGACUGAAAAUCGUUUUCGGUGGUGGUUGGUGAAGUGUUUUUUUGGCUCCCAGGCGGCGAUGGCGUUAGAGACGGUUCCCAAGGAUUUGCGGCAUCUGCGAGCUUGUCUUCUUUGUUCUUUGGUCAAGACUAUAGACCAAUUUGAGUAUGAUGGCUGUGAUAAUUGUGACUCAUACCUACAGAUGAAAGGUAACCGAGAGAUGGUAUAUGACUGCACAAGUUCUUCUUUUGAUGGGAUCAUUGCGAUGAUGAGUCCGGAAGACAGCUGGGUCUCUAAAUGGCAGCGAGUUAGUACCUUCAAGCCUGGAGUUUAUGCAGUGUCUGUCACUGGCCGUCUGCCUCAAGGAAUUGUUCGGGAACUGAAGAGCCGAGGCGUGGUUUACAAAUCCAGAGACACAGCAAUAAAGACCUAGUGAGCCCAAGGACGUCCAACCCUCUUUGCUCCAAAAACCUAUUAGUUUGAGGGGUUUUUUUUGUUUUUGGCCUGGAGAACUGAAAGAAUAUUACUCAUUUUCAUUACUCUCCAUUCUUCAGCAUUUGAGGGAUGCCAAGAGCAAUAAUAUGGCUGAUUUCAAGAACAUUGGAUUUUGGGUUGUUGAAAGAGGGUUGGAUUCAUAAGAUUUUGGAAAUGUCUAGGCAGGGUAUACUAUUUAUUCCAUCAUGAGUUCCAGACUGUUGGAUUAUGUGUGGUUCAGAGGAUAAUAAAUGUGAACUGUUUCAGUCAGAA